UCAGGAUGUUUACGUGAUACUUCCUUGAACAGUCCGUUUAUGAAAUAUUACAUACUAGAAAAUCAACCAAGGAUAUCGCCAAAUUCAUACAAUGUUUUAGAGUCAUAUAAAGCAAUUAAGAACAAGCCUUGCAAUCGUAGUAUUAGUAAAAAGGGAUACAGUGGUAUCGCCAGAUUUGCAACGCAAGUGCUAUAUAGAGAUGAUUAUCCAUCGCCGUUCGAUUACAGUAUUUCUAUGCUCCCUAAACAAUCAAGUAAACUGAAGCACUCGUUUAAAUAUAAAUGUAAAGAAGGGUCGUUCGCAGCAAAUUCAGUUCCAGGUCCAGGAAUGUAUGUCAAUACUAUAGGAGAAGGUAUUAGAUUGGUGCAUAGCUUUGGUGGUAGAGUAAAAAUGGAAUUUGGUGUGGACCUAAAAUGUUGUACUGGAAAUGCAGAUAUCUGCAAACAAUGUGGCAAACGAAUACUCGACGAUUAUUGGCAUCUAAAAAAUAAAAUAUUCCUAUGUAGACUAUGCAUGGUUAAGUAUGAAAAUCAAAAUAGACAUAAAAAAUCAAACUUAACAUUAUUUCGUAAAAUACGAGACUGUUCAGUUAUACAUCAACAUGGCUCAACCACUGCAAAAACAUGGUUGAUGCAUCCUAAACUGGUCACACAAUGGAUCCAAAGGGAAGCUUACCUGUCUACUUAUUUAAAAGAAUAAAUACGAUUAACGCUAUCGUGUAACUCCUAUUAAUAUCGAAUUUACUCUAUGAAAACACAGCAGCAAGGUAUACAGAAUCAAAUAGUAUAU